AUGCAGGCCGACGACCGAUCAGUGCGUGAAGGUAGCGACUCUUCGCAGACUUUCUUAAUGAAAAUGGCUCAACCGACGGGAGAAUUUACGCAUCGCUCGCACGAACAAUCAUUACAACAACAGCAACAGUCGUUCCAGUCCAUCUUUGGCGGCGCAUCGGACACCGCUGAGGAAAUUGAACCCGAGACCGUUUCUAACCAUCGAAAGCCCCACAGUUUCGGUGCCGCUGCGACGACUCCCGCAAAGCUUGCAAACGAGAAUGUUGCACCAUUUCUCGUCAAACACAUCCCCGAACAGUACGGUCCCCUAGGGUCACGAAGAACCGACAAGCUGGAGGAUUUGAGCAGCCCAAACUCGAAAUUUUGCUAUCGCCACCGGCCAGACCUUAAAUGCAGACGACAGGCAGACGAGCCGUCUAUGGAUAAACUACAGAGGGAAUUGGAAACGCUGCCUCCCAGCGACCAACAGGGCAUUGCCCAUGUAUGGUCUCUUUUUUCGGCCGCUCCGGCCAAGCACCGCAAAUUGAUCCUGCAGGGGAUUAUGGCUCAGUGUUGCUUCCCCCAACUUUCGUUCGUGUCCGCUACCGUUCGAGACCUCAUCCGAAUCGACUUCCUAACCGCUCUUCCACCGGAGAUCUCGUUUAAAAUUCUGUGCUACCUCGACACCACCUCGCUGUGCAAAGCCGCCCAGGUGUCCAGCCGCUGGCGGGCACUUGCAGAUGAUGAUGUGGUUUGGCAUCGUAUGUGCGAACAACACAUCCACCGCAAAUGCAAGAAAUGUGGCUGGGGACUCCCUCUUCUAGAGCGGAAACGUCUGCGGGAGUCCAAGCGCGAAAUUCAAUUGCGCGCCACGAACUGGGACGUCAGCGGACCCGCACAGAACGCAGGAGGUGCCGAAUGCAGUGCGACUCAUGCGGACGAUUCGAAUACCCAAAAACGAAAGGCGGAUUCGAGCGAUGAGGAGACAGCAAUCGUGAAGCGGCAUUGUUCCUCGCUGGAUGCUCGAUCAGAGCCAGAUGAUGACUACUACACGACUCGGUACCGGCCGUGGAAGGAGGUCUACAAGGACCGGUUCAAGGUCGGCACGAACUGGAAAUAUGGACGGUGCUCCACCAAGGUGUUCAAAGGCCACACUAACGGAGUGAUGUGCUUGCAAUUCGAGGACAACAUUCUGGCGACUGGUUCAUAUGACGCGACUAUCAAGAUUUGGGAUACCGAGACUGGAGAAGAGCUGCGUACCCUCCGCGGACACCAAUCUGGUAUUCGCUGUCUCCAGUUUGACGACACCAAAUUGAUCAGCGGCAGUAUGGACCGCAGUUUGAAGGUGUGGAACUGGCGUACGGGCGAGUGUAUCUCCACCUACACGGGUCACCGUGGAGGAGUAAUUGGACUGCACUUUGACGCAACCAUUCUUGCAUCAGCCUCCGUCGAUAAGACGGUCAAGAUUUGGAACUUUGAGGACAAGUCGACGUUUCUCCUGCGCGGGCACACCGAUUGGGUCAACGCUGUCCGAGUGGACACGACUUCUCGGACGGUAUUCUCGGCUUCGGAUGACUGCACCGUUCGCCUUUGGGACUUGGACACUAAGGCCUGUCUACGCACGUUCCAUGGUCAUGUCGGCCAAGUUCAGCAGGUGAUUCCUUUGCCCCGGGAGUUCGAGUUCGAAGAGCACGACGCCGAAUGUGAUAACGAUAACAUGAGUACCACAUCGGGAGAUACGGAGCCAGCCGCCCUUCAGGCAGCGCCUGGACUGGAGUCGAACUUCUCUGAGACGUCUGUCUUUGGUCCCUCGUUUGACAAUGGCCGCCCAGCCCCACCGCGCUACAUCGUUACCAGCGCCUUAGAUUCUACCAUCCGACUCUGGGAGACCACGACCGGUCGCUGCCUGCGUACCUUCUUCGGCCAUCUCGAAGGCGUUUGGGCACUCGGUGCCGAUACCCUCCGGAUCGUGUCCGGUGCGGAAGACCGGAUGGUCAAGAUCUGGGAUCCCAGAACCGGCAAAUGCGAGCGCACCUUCACCGGCCAUUCAGGCCCAGUGACCUGCAUCGGUCUCGGCGACAGUCGGUUUGCAACCGGCAGUGAGGAUUGCGAAGUGCGCAUGUACAGUUUCCGCAGUUAA